AGAAAGAGCGAAAAUGCCGCGUGACGAGAAAAUUGAGCGAUUCGCCAUCAAAAUCACCAACUUCAUCAAUCCGCACUUGUUUCAAUUCAAAUUGGAAAAUAUUGUCGGCCAAUUUGAUAUUGAUGUCGAACAGAAAUUGCGGCAAAACGCUGAAAAGUGUGCUGCAGCCGGUUAUCAUCCCGAACAAGGUGCCAUUGUAGCGGCAUACAUUUUGCCAUGGGGCAAAUGGGUCCGAGCCGAAGUUGAUUUGAUACUCGAGGAAAAUCAUACGCUUCAAUACGUUGUAUGGUGCUUGGAUCAUGGUGUGCCAAUGAAAUUGGCAAGUCAGCAUUUGCGACCAAUUCCGAAAGAUAUUCAGGAUUUGCCACCGAACGCAUAUACAGGCGGCUUGGCGAAGUGUGUACCGAUUGAAAAGAGGUUGAACUAUGCCUCACUGCAGAACGAAACAUAUGGCGUCGAUGAUUUCCCUGAAUAUCUGGUGGUCAACGCCAAGCAAGUGAUUGACGAAGCGGCCGAAAUUUACUUUACGCCACGUCAAACGAUUGGUCAACAAAUUUUCGGUGACAUUUACAUCAUCAAAUACUGUGGCACAAAGGUGGAUUUUUUGCACGAGCUGGCGAAAACGGACAGUGUCCGAAUUGGUGAUCGUGUCAUUGCAAACGGUAUCGAAGAGAUGCGCACGAUAAAGAAGCAACGGUACGAGAACCAUCUUGGUCAUUUGAACAUUCGAAAUGUGGUGAAGCCGGACAUAAUAUCUAGCAACAUGUCAGGCAUUUCGGUGUGCACAAAAGAUAUGGAGGAUGAUGACAAAAUGAUUUUGGAUUGGUCACGGCAAAAUAAUAAAUUGGCCAAAGAGAUGGAACAUGAAUUGAAGGAUCGUUUCGAGAAGGUGUUGCGUACACUUGACGUUUAUGAGGUGCCAAGAGCUUACCUAUACCGUAGUGAAAGCACCAUCAACAGUUCGAGCAGCCUCCACUUCUCGCACAUGGAUUCAAUGUCCACGUUGAAGUCAACGUCAACCACUGACGUGUGUGCCGCCAGAUCAGAUCCACUGGAAAUUGUUGAUACUACAAUCAAUCCACAUUUGUCUGCAUUGAAUCGCCAAUUCAAAGCGGCAUCAAUCAAUUCGGCGUCCAUCAACAAGCCCAAAUCCAAGAAAGAGUCCAAGAAGGCGAUCUACAUCCCAAGCGGAUUCGAAAGUGAUUUGGUCAACUUUCAGAAAUACAAUCAAUUCUACUGAGCUGCGCUGGAAAAAGCAUAGAAAAUUGUCAUAAUUUACACAUUUUCCCAUAUUUUUUUUCAUUUUCAUUUCUCUUUAUUUAGUCGCAAUAGCAAUCCAACAUUUUUUCAUUUAACUUUAUAUUGUGUAAUUGCAAAAGCAAUCGAAAAUAAUAAAAUAUAAUCAAAAAAAAAAACGAAAAUAAUCAAAAAUAUAUAGCGUUCAAUCGCAAAUACAAAAAAAAGUUUGUAACAUUCAAAUUGUCAGAAGAAAAAUACAGUUCAUGAAAUUGUAAAAUUCAAUUUUGAAUCGAUCAUACUGAAUAAACAUGUUUGAAUAAUA